AUUGUAUUGAUAUCAGGAACCAAACUUCAAUAUGAAUCUCUAGAAGGUUCCAUGAUCCUGGAUAAUCCUGAGGAUGAUACUUUAAGUGAAAAAAUUGGCUGCCCUCUAUACACCGCCCCCGAAUUACUCUGCCCAGAACCCACCUAUAAAGGCAAACCUGCUGAUAUGUGGGCUUUGGGUGUAAUACUCUACACCAUGUUGGUGGGUCAAUAUCCUUUCUUCGAGAAAGGCAAUAGCAAUCUCAUUACCAUUAUUAGACAAUGUUUUGUACAACUACCCGGUCAUCUAUCACGUUCCGCCCGCUGGCUUUUAUUAUCUUUACUAAGGAAAAACAUUUCUGAUCGUGUGCCCAUAGAGCAUAUCUUCCUCUCACCCUGGUUAAAAGAACAAAAACCCUUCCAUAUGUAUAUACCCGUUGAUGUGGCCAUACCCGAUGAUGAGGAUGAUUGUCUGAGCGACAAUGAUGCAAUGGAUUGUAUGGAUAUUGUGGAAGAUGAUGGCGUACAGCCUUUGGAUUAUUCCUGCAGUACCUUAAGUCUGAAUUAUGUUAAUGAUUCUUAUGCUGAAAUGGGUUGACCCUGGUGUUGUCUUUCUCAACACUAAGCAGCCAGCAUAAGUUUGUAGCUUAUGCUCGAAGCUAAAGACUCUUGUAAUCUUUUUUAAGCGCUGGCGCGCUAGCUUCGUUGUUAUAGUUGCUCUUCGUUAAAUCAAAAAGGGUCAAAGUUCUCCUCCAACUAAACAAAACGUCAGCUCCUAGCCACGGGUUAAUGUCAUUGCUGUUUCGCCAACGCCUUCUUCGUUUCUUUCUUAAGAAACUCAACUCCUUGAAAACCCACCUUCUAAGUGAGAGAGUGUAAGACUGUCUGUUGGACACCUUAAACAUAGGCUAAAGGCCUUAAGUGUGUCUUUUUCCAAUCCCCCGCCCUUCCAAGUUACCAGUUUACACUUUUUUCCCCC